AUGGCGGCUCUCGGACGCGUCUCUCGGGCUCUGCUCCGGUCCAGUUUGGUUCAGAAACGACAACUUUCUGCUGUUGCGGGAGGCCAUGGCGAACAAGCAGCAAAGACGUGGAAAAUCUUGUCCUUUGUGGUUGCCCUCCCUGGAGUUGCUGUGUGCAUGCUCAACACUUACCUGAAGGAACAACAACACCAAGGGCAUGAACAACCAGAGUUUGUGCCAUAUUCUCAUCUUCGCAUUCGUUCUAAGAAAUUCCCUUGGGGUGAUGGAAACCAUUCGCUUUUCCACAAUUCCCACGCUGCGGUGGAAGGCGAGAGCAAUCCCUUGUCGAUUGCAGCCCUCAUCGAAGCUGAGCGAGAACUACAAAUGAUGAGGAAACAAGAAAGAGCUCAUUUUUUCAGCACCAAAGAGCAAGAAUUAAUUUUAAAAUUGUAUGAAGAAGAAAGAGAUAUAUUAACAGCUAAAUCCAACACCUCCAGUGCUUCGAGGUUAAGGGAGGAGGCGUGGCAGAGAAUAGCAGACAAAAUCAAUAUGGCUUCAGACAGCGGUUACAAAAGAAGUUGGCAACAAGUGAAAAUCAAACACAAAAACAUAAUACAAUCAGCCAGACGACGAAGAGCAGAGAUGUUAAAGAAUGGAAUCAUCCCGCCUCUGUCACCCAUUGACGCCAUGUCACUAAAAGACAGAAUCCGAGUGGAAGUUAUUCCUUCAGCUGAAUGUAUCGAGCCCCUGAGUGAUACUGAAGCCUCCAACGCUUAUAUUAAUGUGUCUGGCCACCCGGUGAUCCUGAUGCCUGUAACGAAGACUGAACCAGAGAGUGUGAGCAGCGAUGAGACCGACGUCAGCGACUCUCAUUAUGAAAGUUUGGAUUUGCACAACAGCAGCUUGCAAGAGGUUGUUUCUUUAGGAAAUAAAAAUGCCUCCUGUUGUGGGAAUGUUGAGGUACAGAAGGAUGAUUUAAGGUCUCUUUAUUGCACUUAUCUAAAAAAGGAGAUUGAGAAUCGUGAACAGUUGAUGGCUUAUCGAGCACUAAAGAUGAAGAAACUGGAGAAAGAAAUGUUGUUAUUAGAUAAACAGUUGGCAUGA